CGUUCAGACUUGCUAGUCGUUCAUAACAUGUUGUGUUUUGUCAAUUGAAAUUCUUUCUUGUAGUUAUUUUUGUUCGCUUGUAAUUGCUUCUUGUUUGGUUUCAGUCGGCACCUUGUGGUGCAAUGCCCUUGUUUCGUUUUAUAAUGACAUAUUUUACAAACAUAUUUGAACGAAACGCUGGCAAACCGGUUUCGUUGUUGUUAGAAAAUUCAACUCCCGCGGUGUCGACAAUUGCUGCAUUUUUGCCAACUCAGGAAAUGUAAAAGUCAAAGUUCAUGCAAUUUAAGUGUAGACAAUUCCAAAGGUCACAGCUGCGAUGGCGUCGCCUAUCUCAUGUGUUUUCCUGUUCAAGUUUUGCCUUCCUCUUUUGUUGGUCGCUGCUUUUGUAUUUCGAUUCAAUGGUUUCUCGCUUUUAUACUUGUGUUGUUUCUUUUGUAUUCCACUUCUACCCAGUCCAUCUGUCGAAAAUUGUCGAGGUAAAGGGACAACGGUGUUAUUUUUGAAAGCCUUAAUUUUUCAUCUGGUCUCGCAUCAAUUGGUCAAAUCAUCUUUCAAAUUGUUCUUGGUGCUAGGUCACCGUACGGUCAUUUUAUACCAAGAUGCUCAACACUUGAAAAGGUUUUAAGGGAAAUAGGGUUUAACAGAUUUGACAAGGUUUCCCUUUCGGACAUCUGCCGUCUUCUCCUACCUGAUUAUAUUAUCUUGGUAUUUUCCAUAUUUUGUUGGGUCUACAUGCGCUCGUUGGGACGCAUGCGUAGAGGCAGUGAUCAUGAGGGAUCAUGGAGGGAGGCCACUUUCUCAGUCAACUCCAACAUUCGCAACUAUGUUUUACCUUAUUUUGUGUUGCUGUUGCUUUUCUUGGCUGGAGUUUCCGUACCCUGUCUCAUAUCAAGUGUUUAUUUUUUGAUUUUUUUGCUGUUUGGUACGAUGUGGUCACUGCACAAGACCCUGCAUUCGCAUUAUUGGACGACUUUGUUUCGUUUGAGGUUGUACCUCAUGAUAUAUUCUGGAUCGCAUCUUCUUCUCUUGUAUUUCUAUCAGUUUCAGUUUUUUCAAGAGACAUUGCCCGUCAUGUCUCUACCCGCAAGGCUUUUAGGUUUGAUUGGUUUCGUGAAGACGACAUGCUCAAAUCCCCAGGAAUUACAAUUUCGUGGCGAAGAUCUCGACUGGCCACAUUUUCUUGUCGUCUUCGUUGUUGUAACUCUUUAUUGGUUUCUAGCAACGGAGAUCAGAUACGACAAUGAUGAUCAGCACGGUAAAGAAAGCAGGAAGCGUCAAUCUGAGGCACAAAUAGAGGAAAAUGCCAUUGACAAUGAUGAAGGUGCGGAGAACGAACCACGACGUGAUGUUACAGAGGAACGCCCGAAACUGACUCUCAAAGAAACCAUAUCCGGCAUUUUGUCUUUCUUGAUGGCACAAAGCUACAUAGCAUCGCUUAUUAUAAUGAUGGCAUGGAGCAUCAUGUACCACUCAUGGUUGACCUUCGUCUUGCUCCUUUGGGCAUGUAUGAUAUGGGUCACGCCGUUUGCACGCGCUGCAUGCAUGAUCACGUCGCCGUACUUGGUUAUUUAUGCCGAGGUGUUGUUGCUCGUUCAGUUUGUCUACGGACUAGACCUCAAUGAUGAGGAACUACCGAUGAAAGCAGGCGAAUUCGAUUUGGAGGAAUUGGGUUUCAAGAAGUGGAAGUAUCCAUGCCUACAUUUGGCUGUUCAGACGUCGUUCACGUGGGUGUUUUGGGUGACGCUUCAUCAACACGUGAAGGAGAAACGAAGCAGAAGCAACGGAAACGAAUUUGAGCUUCGACCACUAUUUCUUGCUAUUUUUGCAGUAGUAUUUCGUAACCAGGCCACCGACAGUCGUGCGGCAGGAGAAAGUGAUACAUCCCAUCAUGCCCUUGUGUCUGCUAACACAAACGUCGACGUCAUACUCAUGACAUGGAUCAAAUCUUUUCUGAGUAAAUACUGGAUUCUAGUCUGUUGUGGCGCUUUCCUAUUGGUCGGUCUCCAGAACGAUGUCUCGAUGUACCAGAUAGGCUAUAUGGCUAUCUUUUUGUUCUUGUGCGUGUGCUACCAGGUCUCGUUUUCGUUCUGGCGUGUUAUUCUUCGUCCGGUAUGGUGGGCAAUGGUCGUAUAUUCAGUCUGUAUACUGUUGGUUAUAUAUACAUAUCAAUUUGAGGACAUGCCCAAGUAUUGGCAAAAGAAGAUAGGUCUCUCUGAAAUAUGGUUAAAUGGUUUAGGUCUACGACAGCACACGAAAGCCAAUUUACUGCUGGAGCUUUUGAUACCGACUGCCUUGUCAGUGAUUAUUGUUAUACAGCUUCAUUUCUUUCAUCGUCCAUUCAUGAAGAUGAUUGAUUUUCGCCAUCCGCGUCGUCGAUCCGGGGAGUCACGUGAUGCAAGAAGAAUAGACUCGUUGAGUGUUGUAGCAGAUCACAAAGAUUUCGGCGCGAACAAUCAGGACGACGACGACUUCAUCCGAGUCGAUCAUGUUGAAGAUCAAGAACAUCUCGCUGAUGAGAAUUUAGGAUGCGCAAGAGUUGAAAACGAUCCCCCUUCAGAUGAGCGAAAAUGGUGUGUGAAGUGUUAUGACUACGUGACCUUGUUGCUAUGGAAACUCGGAGAACUUCACAUGUCGAAAGUGAUCAGUUUCACCUUAAUAUGUGUAGUUUUGUCAAAGGUGUGUGCAAUAAACGCCGUCAUCAUUGUUCUUUUGGCCAUUGCAAUGCCGUCAUACUUCAUUCAAAGAGUUCUGUCUUAUUGUUUUCUCAUAUGGAGCUCGCUCGUCAUCCUUGCCAAGAUGUGUUAUCAACUGCAGUUUGUAGAUGAGGACGUUUUUUACCAUAACUGUUCAAACAUGGUUUUUCAUGGAUCCAAAGCUGUGGAUCAUUUCACUAACAACGCUCUUUGGGUUGGCUUCUACAAAACGGAGAACAUUUCUCAGGAUAUACAGGGAUAUCUGUUUAUCGUCUUCGUGAUCGUAUUUCAAACGAUUAUCGUUCAUCAUCAGAAAUUGGCUCGUAUGAAUGGGGCCUCACAAGAAGUUCCCAAUCUAAUUUUCCCAGAGAUUUCCGACAUGAAUCACGCCAAUAAGGGAUUGUUGGAGAUGCUUAAAUAUCUCUGUAACAAAGUUUUCAAUAAUUUUGGCUGGGAGAUUUGUGUUUUGAGCAUUGUUCUAAACAUGGGAGUUCGAUGUGACGCCGUUUCUGUAUUGUUCCUCUGGCUAGGCACGUUUCUUUUGCUUGGUCGCGAAAAAUCAUCAUCCAUAUGGCGUCUUUAUAUUUUAUUCCUUGCCGUCAUGCUGCCUGUCCAGUAUGUUCUUGUCUUGGGUUGGCCUCCCGGACUUUGCACAGAAUAUCCUUGGAGUAGUCGUCUUGAUCACAACUUGAUCCAUUGGUUGUUCCUCACUGAUCCUCAAGAUCCACAGAACGCUAAAUUACUCUUUGUCGAUUUUUUUCAACUGCUGCUUGCCUGCUGUCAGGAUAAAGUCUUUGCUAGCGAGCGUGUAUCAACCUCGAGGGCUGGGAAUGCUUCGAAUGGAUCGCCCAGGCACCCGUUCACGCGAGACUCGAGCAAUUCUAUACCGCGUUUGCAAGAUUUCAUGCAAAACAAAACAUGGCUUGAUAUGAUCAAGAUUUUCAUUUUCCAACACAUUUAUUGGAUAACAUUGACGGUUGUGUACUUGACGGUACAAAGUACAGUAAGUAUUUUCAACUUCGGCUUUAUUCUCGGCUGUUUCUUCUUCCUGUGGCACGGUCAGUCGUUAUAUCUUCACGCGAAGUUGAUCUCAUGGUGGAAAAGAUUCAUCGCCUACAACUUCUUUGUUUUGUUCAUCAAAGUGUGUCUUCAGCUUGUUUCCUGUGUGUGGAUCGAUGCUGUGAAAGAGUACACCGGUUGCUAUGUGUUGCAGUUGCUAAGUCUUUACUGCCUGCGUCAGGCUGGCUACACGUACAGACCGCUGACUUCGGCCGAACGUGAUUGCAUAUCCCCAGACGAGACUGGUCUAUCCAUGGACUGCGCAUGCUUUGCAUUUCUGUUGCUUCAGUACAGGAUCUUUACGAGCGAUUAUUUUUACUUUGUCAAGAAAGAAUUGAAGGAGCAGUCUGAGUUAGCUGACUGGGGGGCUCGGUUCAUUGAAAAGCAACUGAAAGAAAAUUUAGAUGCGAUGAAAAAACGAGACACACAGGAAAUGGCGAAAAUAAAGCACAGUGUGAUGAAACUGAAAAACAAACGCGCAUGGCAGCACAGAGAUCAAGAACCACAAUCGCAUUACGAAGCUAUUUAUUCCGGUGGCUACUAUCAGUUUGAAAGCAGCGAGGAGACGGAUUCCGAUUCCGAAAUCAACACCAGCGAAUCUCCCCAACACAGUAGGGAUAGUAGAGCCAGUAGAGAUAACGGUGCUCUACAGGAGGAAAUUUAUCCGAGAAGAGAAGAAGAACAAGUCACGAAUGGAAAUGACUUUCCUCAGGAAGUUGAGGAAAACGUCAAUGCUGAUGAAAAUUCAUCUCCACCAAGAUCUCCCUCAAGACUCAGCGUUGUAAAAGAAAACCUGAAAUCGGUGUUUGCACUCUUCUCCGCGUACGGGAAAAAAUCUCUCGCCAAGCUCAUCUCGUUCCUCAAUAAUCUGAGCAAAGAUUAUCGCGCGGUUGCGAAAGAACUGAAGAGGGUUCGCCGCGAAAAGAGGCAGAGAGACAGCAUUAGGGAAUACUACAGGUCACGUGACUCCAUGUCGUCACAGUUCUUUGAGAUGGAGUACGUUGAUGGCAAGUGGAGCCACCGUCCACAUGACGACAGCCUUUCUUAUACGAGCAUCACGACGGAGCAAGUGAACGUAGUCGAAAACCCGGUACCAAACUGGCAGUUGAUGAGGUUCAUCCGGGCUUUAUAUUACGCGGUCGUAUCUCAGACGAAUUACCUGUGCUUCAUGUUCAUGAUCCUGAAUCACGUGGUUUAUGCUUCCGUUUUGUCUCUGGCGUUUCCUUUGUUGAUUUUCCUUUGGGGCAUGCUCUCCAUUCCACGGCCAACGAGGAUGUUCUGGAUUACGGCCAUCACUUAUACACAAUUUGUGAUCGUCUUCAAGUAUAUUUUCAAGUUCGAGUUCAUUCGUUUCAACGAUUGCAGCAGUACACCCGAGCUCAGGAGCGACCCUCUGUGUCCUGCGAGAAUCUUCGAGAUCGAACGCGAAGGAACGACGACUGUCUACGACCUCUUGCUAUUAUUGGCGCUCUUCUUUCAUCGUUACGCUUUGCAGGCUCAUGGUCUAUGGCGAGCAACAUUUGAUUCGAAAUCCCAAACUGGUGACGGAAAAUACUCUUCUUCAAUUGAAACUGAACCUGCCUCAGCCGUUGUAUCUGGAGAGCUUGAACAUGACGAAGAUAAUACCAUGAUAAGAAAUGGCGACAACGGGAGUCAAGACACCGUGGAAAGCAAAAUAAAAAGUAUUUACGAGAAUGUAAAAACGUUCAUAAAGCGGAUGAUUGAUCCGGACGUGGGGUCUGGGGCGACCGAUGUUUAUGGCGUGAUGUUUGGAUGUCAAUUCAUCAUCUUUCUCAUCAUCCUUUUCAGUUGGUCAGCGUUUUCUGAAGCAGAGCCUAGUUCUGACACGAAUUUUGCCAAUAUCAUUGAAAAUAUUGUUCCCAGGACUUUCCUCUACAUGGUACUCACGCAGUUUGUACUUAUCGUGAUAGACAGAGCUCUUUACCUGCGCAAGUUUGUUCUUGGAAAGUGGUUGUAUCUCGUCAUUUUGGCCAUUGCUUUUCAUGUUUUUAUGUUCUUCGUUGUUCCAGCUCUGACGGGCAGGAAAUUUCAAGACAAUAUUCCCGCGAUAUUCUUGUAUUUAUUCAAGUGCUUUUACUUUGGCCUGUCCGCGUAUCAGGUUCGCUGUGGUUACCCGACUAGGAUUCUGGGUAAUUUUCUCACGAAGAAUUUUACGCUUACGAAUGUGGUUCUCUUUCAAGGGAUACAAACAAUUCCAUUUAUGUUGGAAUUGCGCAGUUUGUUGGAUUGGAUGUGCACGGAUAGCACGCUGACCUUGUUUCACUGGCUCAAAGUGGAGGAUAUUUAUGCGAAUACUUAUAUCCUAAAAUGUUACCGAAAAGCCGAAAAGACUCAAUGGUUUAGACACGACCGCGGUGCAAAAUAUCCCUCGUUGAACAAGUGGGCGCUCGGAGGUUUCUUGGUUUUUUUACUCAUUGUUAUCAUAUGGUUUCCUCUGUUGUUUAUGUCCUAUAUCAACUCUGUGUACACCAGCAAUACACCGACCGAUGCCACGUUCACGUUGACAAUUGGGGUACCAGCCGCUGUUCAAAGUGAGUGCCCAACAACAAUUCUUGCGGGUUUUGAAUGACGAUGAAAUCGAGCGCAUCAAAUUCAGCCGCAGACCUUAUGAGGGGACGUCGCAGGCGCAGAUCAGUACAUUUUUGGAGAGUUUCAAAUUGAAAGGAAACGUGGUUAUGGUUCGUGUGAACGGUAACUCCAGUUCUAUAUGGACCAUCAGUCCACCGUCGAGAAAAAACUUGGUAAAUGAUUUACUGUCAAACAACACAAAUUUGACAAUGCGUUUUCAAUGGGAAUUUACGAGGGAGCCACUGACUGCUUUAGUUCAAGAAACUAUAUCUGGAGUGAACUCGAUUGUUCUCACUCCAAACGACACGAUGCGUACCCACCUGGGCAAGUUAUUGGUGGAUUCAACAAGCAGUGCGAUAAACGAAAU